AAUACUGUAAUAUUAUAUCUUUACUCAUCAGUGUCAUAAUCAUUUAUCAAGUCUCUGAAAAAAAAGAAAAAAAAAGUACUUGUAUCUUUGAACCAUCACAUGCAGUCUUGUCUAUCUACUUACAUUUAAUUUCUAUUUUUCUGACAAUAAAAUAAAAAUUUGAAUACACAUGUCAAGUCUAGAAAUGUGCUUAUCAUUACAUUAUAUUCGUAAUUAUAAUACUUUGAAACGAUAUAUCCGAAUUUUAUUAUGACCACUUCAAUACUAAAAAUUAGAACCAUGUCAACUUUACGUGUAGCUUUAGCUCAGCUAGCAAUCGAUGAAAACAAAACAACAAAUAUACAAAAAGCGAUUUCUUUCACUAAAAAAGCAAAAAAUCAACAUGCUGAUGUAAUCAUUUAUCCUGAAUGUUUUAAUUGUCCUUAUGGUCUCAGUAGAAUAUUUUGCCAAGUAUGCAGAAAGUAUUCCUUCAGGAGAAACUUGUUCCAUUAUAUCAGAAUUAGCAAAAGAACUUAAAAUACACAUUAUAGCUGGAACUAUUCCGGAACAGGAUGGAAACAAUUUAUAUAAUACUUGCGCUAUUUGGGAUAUUGAAGGUCAGCUUGUAGCUAAACAUCGAAAGGUACAUUUAUUUGAUAUAAAUAUACCAGGAAAGAUCAAAUUCAUGGAAAGUGAAGUGUUGUCUCCUGGUAAUACUCUUACAACUGUGAAUAUAAAAAAUUGGAAAAUAGGGAUUGGAAUUUGUUAUGAUAUUAGAUUUGAAGAAAUGGCACGGCUUUAUCGUAAAAAAGAAUGUCAAAUGUUAGUAUAUCCGAGUGCAUUCAAUAUGACUACAGGACCAUUACAUUGGGAAUUGCUCCAACGAGCACGAGCUAAUGAUAAUCAAUGUUAUGUUGUUUGUGUUUCUUCGGCUAGAAAUACUGAAGCAAGUUAUAUUGCUUGGGGACAUAGUCAAAUAACAAGUCCAUUCGGAGAAGUGAUUCAAGAUCUUGGUAUUACCGAAAAUAUGGCUGUUAUUGAAAUAGAUUCAUCGUUGGUGGAAAAAGUUAGAAAUGAGAUUCCAAUUUUCAAACAACGGCGUACUGAUAUUUAUGAUACUAUUUAUAAGCACAAUAAAUAAGUAUCA